CAUGGAGCCCGGACAAUCUUUCGGACCGGUGGCACAACAGCUUCACAAUCCAAUAUAUAUCAACAUCCUCGCUUCAUCUCCGCCAACUUUGAUAUUGGGCCAAUUCUUAUCACGAAAAACUCCUUGCAUCUGAUCUUUAUCCCAGUCAUCCGCGCCCUCGGCGUCGUCAGCUGGGCAUGAUCGAGUUUCCAAAUCAACGAUCGCUUAUCCCUUGACCAGGUUUGGCGAUGCGCUGGGUUCUCCGCCGCUGUGAUCGCAAUCCCUUGGUUACACUACAUUUUCCAAUUGAAGCGAUGCAGAACCGAGUGGUCGGACUCGCCUUUGCGCUACCGACUGGAAGCCUUGCCUUGCUGAUCAGGCUAUUCUAGCUGCCUUCGACCUUGCUGAGACAUGCAGCCCGAAUAUAGCAGUUGCUGUUCAUAUCACACCCGCCCCUUGCAGCUUAUUCCAAUUCCUUCAUGCCGAAGACCUGAAAGGGUUGUCCUGGUUAAUGUCUCAGCCAAACGACAGAUUUAGCUGCUAGGGAUGGAGCCUUGUCGCUACAAUGCCCUUCUGCUCGGAAAGGUGGGUUGUCUUAGAUCUCGAGGCUCCAAACGGACGGCCUAGGCUUCUUGAGGUGAUGUUCCUGCAGCGCGCGGGUUGCUGUGACUCGACAGCACUUUUUCAUAUAUGUCUAUUCGAGUCUUGAUCUUUCCAUGGGGACUUGCCAAAAUACUUUCAAAGACUUCUCCAUCAUGCACUGGUCACUCUGUUCGUCCUUUCUUCUACUAGGCCUGGCAGGCCGGUCUGCUGCCGACUGCUUGUCGUACGGUUAUGAUUUCAUAGAUGGCGGCGGUCCAUACUGCGUCAACACAACGUCGACAGAUUACUUUUCCUUUGGGACAGAGUUCAACGGCUGUCAACCUACUGACAGCCAGGGUGAUAUCACACCCAUACUUAUCGAUCCCAAUGGCGACGAGUACUUUUGCUCCGAUAUCCCUACACAGCCGGACAGCACCGACAUGGUGUCAACAUGCAACGUGGCUGGCAACGAAGUGACCAAAGCCAGCAUGUUCUCAGGCGACUGGACUGUGGUCAUCGAGGGGCUGACAUUCGCCUGGAUGAGAACGUUCUCGAUCAUUGCCGGACCACCUGUCGUGAUUACCGCCACUCCUACCGCCACGUUCACGGUUACAUCGACUCCAUCCACUACAAUCACCACGACUAUAACCCAAGUUUACAACACUACCCUGCCGGCGUCCACGACUACCGUUCCAUCGACGACUUCCACUCGAACGAUAACCACUACACCAUCGCAGGUGACGGUAUACUGGACGUCGACUUCGACCCGCACCCGUACCACAAGAGUCUACUCCAAAACAGUGUCUACCAGCACGGUUACCACCACCUGCAAAACGCAGCCGCCGAAGAAGGAUCCAACGUGUACCAUUCGCGUCUUGAAGGCAUCACUAGCAGCAAGCGUCAAUGUUUCCGUCUCCUUGCCACGCAUGCGCCGUGCUGAGGCCGAGAGACUGCGGUCGAUGCCACGUCAAACCAUUGAGCCCCGUGAUGGCCAGCUCUUCCAACGAGGUCCAGAUCUCUGCACAACCACGAUUCUCCAAACCACCAACGUGGUUUCGUCCUAUACCACCGUCACAGCCUCCACCAGCACUGAGAUUGAUACAGAAAACGCCAGUACCACUGUCACCAUCACCCCGCCCCCUGUCACGGCAUAUUCUGGCAAGGCUAAGACGACGAUCACGGUCACGGCACCUACUCCCACUCGUACCCGCACCAGCAGGGUCUAUGAUACUGUGUGGACCACAAAGACUGUCUGGGCAACGAUCACCUCAACUGUCAGAACCUCACCGCCGGGAGCGGUAUGCAUGACUACCGCGGCGCACUAGACACUGUCGCAUGCUGUCCGCUCGAUGAAGUAGGAGCUCUUCUUCGGCGCAUUGGUUUCGCUAUAUAGAAUUGUCAUGUUCACCGUGUACGAAGAAAUAAUUUUGUCCCUGCAGGAUCAUCAAGAGGUCUCUGCGGGAAAUAUGGCCGCUCCUGCUUUUCUGAUUCAGAUGGAUCUUUACCACCAUACCCAGGGUUCCUGGUUGUAUUGAGCGCCUGUAACAGCACGGCAAAAGGACCCUGAUCCACUGUGAAAAUACACCGACUGGGCUGCCAAUUCAGGAACAGAAUGCUGCCUGACCGCAAUCCACUCAGGCUGGUGUUUCCAGUCGUAGUUGUAUCCUUUUACUAUCAGGUAGACAAGGCUGGGCUUGCGAGAUGGGUCCCUGGUCCCAAUUCUUUGUGGACACACUCCGC